CACUAAACUGGAGUGACAUAAUCACCACGCCUCCUUCCGUCACGCUCUCCCGGUCUGCUGCUGCUGCUUCUACUACUACAUUGAUUUACAGUUUGUAUAAAUGUAACUCUCUCUCACCAAUUAGGUGAAUGUGAGGAGGCGAGAAAUACACUUGUUCUGAACCCCAUUAGCAGGUGACCUCUGUUAGUGUUACUCAACCACAUUGUUGUGUAACACAUACAUUGUUGGUAUGCAUGUUAGCUAAUGUUUGCUAACCGCACUGUCGGGUAUAGGAGCUGUAUAGAUAGUUAGUUACCUAUUUAUUUAACAAGCUCGUUUCUGGGUUCAGUGUAUUGGCAAAUGUUUUCCCAAGUGCGAGCACGUUUGGGCUCAUGUUUGACCAGGUUUCCCAGUUGUGUAAACUCAAGAGUGGCACCUGCCCUCUGCAGACAUCAGCAUCGGACCUUCAGCUCGGAGUGUCAAGGUGUCAAGGUGCUGUAUGAUGGGCUUUGUCCCAUAUGUGUGACAGAGAUCCGGUUCCUUCAGUUUAUGCAGAGAAACCAGCCCGGGAAAGUAGACUUUAUUGAUAUCUCCCUACCAGACUAUGAUGCAGAGAAAAACAAGGAUGUCAGCUACGAGAUGGCCAUGGAGGAAAUGCAUGUGAUUGAUGGGAAAGACGAGGUUCACCGUGGGAUCCCAGCUUUUGCAGUCAUGUACAGUGCAGUGGGCCUUGGCUGGUUGGGUCGCCUCAUGAUGUGGUCACCUGUGAGGCCAUUCAUGGACAAGUCCUAUACUGUCUUUGCCAAGAAUCGCUUAAAGUGGACCGGACGUGGGGAAGAGUGCAUUAAAGGACGCUGUGAAAAGAAAACACACUGACUUUUGACUACAGAAAAAAAUAAAUAAUGUCUAUUAAGUUCAUUGGUAAAGAAAAACUCAGUGUAACUCAGUCUGUUUGUUCUAAUGUGAACACUGGUUAGAGGACUCAAAAAUAUUGAGCCUAACCAUAACAAACGGUGCAGAGAAAAUGCUUUACUUCCAGAGACGAAGAGUAAUGAUGAUACUUAAUACAAGACUGUCAUACUAUGACAAAUAUACAGAACGGAGAAAAUCACUGAAGCAAAAUGCAGUCAAUUUCCUGUCGCGCACAGCCUCUCAGAUUGAGGUUCUUUUUAAAAGCAGAUAGAGAACCAAACUGUCAGGAAGCUGCCACUAGAUGUCAUUGUAAGUCUAAAAUAAUAUCAGCCGUGAGUGAAAUUGUUCUUCAGGAAUCGUGUCGUAUGACAUUCAUGAUUAUUUGCCAGGUCAUGAUUGACUUGUUCAUUUAAAGUUGCCUUGUAACAGAUACAAGCAGAAAUGAUAGGUGAAAUAAAUAUUUAGUGUUUCUGACGGUAAAGGAAAAUUAAAAAAUAAAACUGACUAAAUUGACAUUUAUAUUUUAUGUUACACUUUUAAGUAAUUUCUGUUUGCAGGUGAAAGUAUUCAGACUUUUUAAUCUCAGGUGCCUCUUUAUAGUGAGCAUGUUUCAUCAACAAUACAGUGCAAUGCAGAGCAGUGUGCGCUCCUCAGAGGUUUAAUAAACUGGCUGUAGGACAGUAAUGUUGACUGAACAUAUUCUAUGAUAUAAGGAAGACUUAUUUUUUAU